GUAGUCACAGAGACCAGCUGCAGUCCACACAUAGCAGAAGUUCCUUGUUUACUAGGGGUCUGCGACAGCCAUCACAACAUCUGAAGCCAUGGCCAGUGGAGAGGAUGGGCCGAGGAGCUGUGUGGUGUGCAGGGACCGAGCCACAGGCUAUCAUUUCCACGCCCUGACCUGUGAGGGCUGCAAGGGCUUCUUCAGACGAAUAGUCAACAAAAGCAUUGGUCUCACCUGCCCCUUUGCUGGAAGAUGUAAGGUCAACAAGGCCCAGAGACGCCACUGCCCAGCCUGCCGGUUGCAGAAACGCCUAGACGCUGGCAUGAAGAAGGAAAUGAUCCUGUCAGCAGAAGCCCUGGCAGCGUGGCGGGCGAAGCAGGCCCAGCGGCGGGCCCAGCAAGUCCCUGCACAGCUGAGCAAGGAGCAGGAGGAGCUGGUGCGGACACUCCUGGGGGCACACAGCCACCACGUGGGCACCAUGUUCAACCAGUUCGUGCAGUUCAGGCCUCCUGCUCAUCUGUUCAUCCAUCACCAGCACCUGCCCAUCCCAGUCCCCGAGCUGCCCCUGCUCACGCACUUUGCGGAGGUCAACACCUUCGUGGUACAGCAAGUCAUCAAGUUCACCAAGGACGUGCCUCUCUUCCGGUCCCUGCCCAUGGAGGACCAGAUCUCCCUGCUCAAGGGAGCAGCGGUUGAAAUCUGUCAUAUCGCACUCAAUACCACUUUCUGUCUCCAAACACAAAACUUCCUCUGCGGGCCGCUCUGCUACACGCUGGAAGACGGCGUCCAUGCGGGGUUCCAGGAAGACUUUUUAGAGUUGCUCUUUCGCUUUCAUGCGACACUGAGACGACUCCAGCUCCAGGAGCCCGAGUAUGUGCUCAUGGCUGCCAUGGCCCUCUUCUCUCCCGACAGGCCUGGGGUUACCCGGAGGGAGGAGAUCGAUCGUCUGCAAGAGGUGACGGCACUGACCCUGCAGAGCUACAUCAAAGGGCAGCCGCCAAGGCCUGGGGAUCGGUUUCUGUACGCGAAGCUGCUGGGCCUGUUGGCUGAGCUCCGCAGCAUUAACAACGCAUAUGGGUACCAAAUCCAGCACAUCCAGGGCCUGUCCGCCAUGAUGCCGCUGCUCCAGGAGAUCUGCUGAGGACC